AUGACUUCCUCGAUGGAGGUCCCGAGUCCUGUGGCGCAAGAUGCCCAGAGCUCUGCAAAACACAAACAUUCCAUAUCCGACAUCGAGAAAGAAAUGCUUGCUACUUACGAGGGACACGAUGCCGAUAUCCCUUCAAACGAAGGCUAUGUACUAGACGCAGUCGGAGAAUUGAAACGCGAGCAAGCGAUUGCUACACAAUACACUACAUAUCACAGCACAAGGAAAUCCGGGGAAACGCCACCGAAAGAUGGUGCAAGUGCAGAGAUUGAAAAACAAAAUGCGGAUGCAUCGGCGGAAGAAUCAGAUAAUUUUAAUAUCGUCUGGUGGGACGGACCUGAUGAUCCACAGAACCCCAUAAAUUUCAGUUCGUGGUCGAAGGCUUUGAACAUCGGCUUAGUGGCCUCGAUCACUUUUGUUGCACCUCUAGCAUCCUCAAUGUUCGCCCCAGGAGUUCCGGCAGCCAUGAAAGAGUUCAAGAACGACAACGUUGAGCUGGCGAGUUUCGUGGUUUCUGUUUACGUACUUGGUUUUGCUGUUGGCCCGAUGUUUUUGGCUCCGCUGAGCGAAAUUUACGGUCGGCUCCCUGUUUAUUAUACGUGUAAUGUUGGAUUUGUUGCCUUUACUGUUGCGUGUGCACUUUCUACUAAUCUGAAAAUGCUCAUUGGGUUUCGAUUUGUGGCUGGCUGUUUUGGGAGUGCCCCUUUGACGAAUGGUGGGGGAAGUAUUGCAGAUCUUGUCAAACAAGAAUAUCGUGGAAGAGCAAUGUCGUUUUUCGUAUUAGGACCUAUUGUCGGACCUGUCAUUGGUCCUGUUGCGGGUGGCUACCUCAGUGAAGCAAAAGGAUGGCGAUGGGUUUUCUGGGUUCUGGCCAUGCUAUCCGGAAUCUGCACAGUACUCUGUUUCUUCUUCAUGCGAGAAACAUAUGCUCCAACAAUACUAUCUAGGAAAACGGCACGCUUGCGAAAAGAGACUGGGAAUCUCGAGCUUCGAUCUAAGCUUGAUAUAGGACUGUCCACGAAAGACUUUUUUAUCAGGUCCAUCAUUCGCCCAGCCAAGAUGCUCGCAUUUUCACCUAUUGUGCUAUCGACAAGUCUCUACGUUGGAGUUAUUUACGGGUAUCUGUAUCUAUUAUUCACCACAUUCACGCUCGUUUUCGAGCAUGCUUAUGGCUUCUCCUCAGGCUCCGUCGGCUUGACCUUUAUGGGAAUCGGCGUGGGAUCAAUCGGCGGACUCAUAUUCUUCGCUUUUGCGUCUGAUAAAAUCCUCAAACGCCAGACUGAGAAAGCAGACGUUGCUGCUGCCGCAAAAGGUGAGCAAUCCGCUGGCAUGAAGCCUGAAUACCGCUUGCCGAUGAUGCUUCCUGGCUCGGUGCUUAUACCAAUUGGAUUCUUGCUCUAUGGCUGGACAGCAAACUAUCACGUACAUUGGAUUGUUCCCAUCGUCUCGACGAGUCUGAUAGGGAUUGGGACCAUCGCUGUUUUUAUGACUGUUACGGUGUAUUUGGUUGAUGCUUUUACGAUUUAUGCAGCGAGUGCUCUGGCUGUUAACUCGGUUGUUCGAAGUGUGAUAGGCGCGGUAUUGCCACUUGCUGGGCAGAAGAUGUAUCUGGCCUUGGGGCUAGGCUGGGGAAAUAGUCUGUUGGCAUUUGUGGCUAUGGCUCUCUUGCCUGUUCCUAUUGUUUUGAUGAAAUGGGGGGAGCGGCUUCGGAAGAAGUUUGAGUUAAAGAACUUGUAG